UGGCGGUGCUGGGCGGCCCCCGGUGUCGUCCUCCUUUUGGCCGGAGGAGGCUGGAGGUUCGGCGUCCUCAGGCCCCAGGCGUACGCGCUUCUUUCUGGGCCUCAGUUUCCUCAGUCUAAAAUGAUGGUUGGGGUGAACAGUGGAAUGGGGGCUACCUCAGGAGUUUCAUCGUUACAUACUUUUAUAUUCUACCGGUGGUGUUAUAUGGCUUCAAGACAUGGAACACAACAGUCUCCGAAGAACUGGAAGUGAAUAUCACGCAAAGGGCAAUGGAGAGGUGCAUGGGCAAAACUUAGUCAACAUGGAGGCAGCAGAGGUGGAUAGCCCCCCAAAUCUGAGUUGUAAGAUCAUGACUUUCAGACCUUCUAUGGAUGAAUUUAGAGAGUUCAACAAAUAUUUAGCAUAUAUGGAGUCUAAAGGAGCACAUAGAGCUGGACUUGCUAAGGUGAUCCCUCCAAAGGAAUGGAAGCCAAGACAACGUUAUGAUGACAUAGAUAAUUUGGUCAUUCCAGCUCCUAUUCAGCAGAUGGUCACUGGACAGUCUGGGCUCUUUACCCAGUAUAAUAUCCAGAAAAAACCAAUGACUGUGAAAGAAUUCAGGCAACUGGCUAAUAGUGAUAAGUAUUGCACCCCGAGAUAUUUAGACUAUGAAGAUUUGGAGCGCAAAUACUGGAAGAAUUUGACCUUUGUGGCACCAAUCUAUGGAGCAGAUAUCAAUGGAAGCAUAUAUGAUGAAGGUGUGGAUGAAUGGAACAUAGCUCACCUGAACACCAUUUUGGAUGUUGUUGGAGAAGAGUGUGGUAUUUCUAUUGAGGGUGUAAAUACUCCAUAUCUCUAUUUUGGCAUGUGGAAAACUACAUUUGCCUGGCACACUGAAGAUAUGGAUCUGUACAGCAUUAAUUAUCUUCAUUUUGGAGAGCCCAAAUCUUGGUAUGCCAUACCUCCAGAGCAUGGAAAGCGUCUUGAACGGCUAGCUCAAGGAUUCUUCCCAAGCAGCUCUCAAGGGUGUGAUGCAUUUCUUCGCCACAAGAUGACGCUGAUAUCUCCUUCAGUACUGAAGAAAUAUGGCAUUCCUUUUGACAAGGUCACACAGGAGGCUGGAGAAUUUAUGAUCACUUUCCCAUAUGGAUACCAUGCUGGUUUCAAUCAUGGAUUCAACUGUGCCGAAUCUACAAAUUUUGCUACAGUAAGAUGGAUUGAUUAUGGAAAAAUGGCCAAAUUGUGCACCUGCAGGAAAGACAUGGUGAAAAUUUCAAUGGAUAUUUUUGUGAAGAAAUUUCAGCCAGAUAGAUACCACCUUUGGAAACAAGGCAAGGAUAUAUACACCAUUGAUCAUACACUGCCCACUCCAGAAACAACACCAGAAGUCAAAUUGUGGAUGCAGAGGAAGAAAAUUAAAAAGCCAUCAAGAAGCCUCCAGCAUACCAGAUCUCGAUCUAAAAAACUUAAAACUCCAGAGGAUGAAAGAAUAUCAGCCAUGGUAGUUGGUGCAGAAAUUGUAGCCACUGACACAGCUACAGAUGGCUUCAAGGUCAGUGAAAAGCCAGAAGAAAAAAAGGAGUUGGUAAACACAGGAAUGCCUUCUGGGGAAGAAAACACGAUUAAAAGGAUGCAGGUGGAUCAGAAUUUAUCGGAUAAUAUUCAAGGCUCAGGAAGCAGUGGCUUAAGCACAUCUUUCCACUCUGAUUCUGUAAAGCAGGAAAUAGGACCUGAAGAUGACAAAGUGGAUUCCACUCUUGCUGGUUCUGAUCCCAUGGAAUCUGCCCCUUUGCCUCCUUCUUUUGAAUGUAUAAAAGAAGAUAAUUUAAAAUCUGAGAGGGAGUGUGAUCAGACUGUUUCACGACCAAAGUCCUGUGAGUCUGUCUCUUCUGAAGCUGAGAGCCUGGAAAAAGAAGAAAGUAGUAGCAUCUCCACCGAAGAAGAUGACAGUGACCUAGAAAGCAGCGAGAGUGGCUUAGAACCGGGAGAAAUCCCAGCUGUAACCAAAGGAGAAAGAAAUGGCUUGAAAAUUCCAAGUUUCUGUAGUCAGAGAGGAGAAGGGGAAACAAAAACUUCCAAGAGUUGGCGCCAUCCACUCAGUAAACCCCCAGCCAGAUCACCAAUGACCCUGGUAAAGCAGCAGGCAGCCAGUGAUGAAGAAUUGCCUGAGGUUCCGUUGGUUGAGGAGGAAGUACAAGAAACUGAAUCCUGGGCCAAGCCUCUUGUCUACCUUUGGCAGACCAAAGCACCAAAUUUUGUGGCUGAGCAAGAGUACAAUGCAGCUGUUGCCAAAAUGGAGCCAUACUGUGCUAUUUGCACUCUCCUAAUGCCCUACUAUAAGCCAGACAACAGUAAUGAAGAAAAUUAUUGUAGGUGGGAGACGAAAUCCAAUAAUGCAACUUCUGCCUUGGAAAAGACCAAGCCACUCAUUCCAGAGAUGUGUUUUAUUUAUAGUGAGGAUAACACGGAACAUUCUCCUUCCAAUGCCUUCAUUGAAGAGGAUGGAACAAGUCUUCUGAUUUCCUGUGCAAAGUGUUGUGUACAGGUUCAUGCAAGUUGCUAUGGUGUUCCUUCUCAGGACAUCCGUGAUGGAUGGCUUUGUUCUCGCUGCAAGAGAAGUGCAUGGACGGCUGAAUGUUGUCUCUGUAAUUUGAGAGGUGGUGCACUCAAGCAAACUAAGAACAAGAAGUGGGCCCAUGUAAUGUGUGCAGUUGCCAUCCCAGAAGUUCGAUUUGUUAAUGUCACAGAAAGGACACCAAUAGACAUUAGCAGAAUACCUUUGCAGAGGUUAAAAUUGAAAUGCAUCUUCUGUAGACAGAGAGUUAAGAAAGUUUCUGGGGCCUGCAUCCAGUGCUCCUAUGGACGCUGCCCAGCUUCCUUUCAUGUAACCUGUGCCCACGCCACCGGCGUCUUGAUGGAACCUGAUGACUGGCCAUACGUAGUUAAUAUCACAUGCUUUCGACACAAAAUCAACCAGACUGUGAGAUCCAAAGCUUGUGAAAAGGCAAUCACUGUCGGUCAGACUGUCAUCUCAAAGCAUCGGAACACACGAUAUUAUAGCUGCAGAGUAAUAGAGGUGACGUCCCAAACCUUCUAUGAAGUUGUGUUUGAUGAUGGCUCCUUCAGCAGAGAUACUUUCCCUGAAGAUAUUGUGAGCAGAGACUGCCUGAAGCUGGGUCCACCUGCUGAGGGAGAAGUUGUUCAAGUGAAGUGGCCUGAUGGAAAACUCUAUGGAGCCAAGUACUUGGGCACCAAUGUGGCUCACAUGUAUCAGGUUGAAUUUGAAGAUGGAUCCCAGAUUGCAAUGAAGAGAGAAGACAUCUACACUUUAGAUGAAGAGUUGCCCAAAAGAGUGAAAGCUCGAUUUUCCACAGCUUCUGAUAUGCGGUUUGAAGACACAUUUUAUGGAGCCGACAUAAUUCAAGGAGAAAAGAAGAGGCAGCGAAUGUUAAGCUCCAGGUUUAAAAACGAAUACGUCGAUGACCCUGUGUACCGCACAUUCUUAAAGAGUUCAUUUCAGAAGAAGUGCCAGAAGGGUCUAGAGAAUAACUAGGCCACCCAGAGAAUCCUAGCAAUGGCCACCAAGGAAGUAGAGAUGUGACAACGGAUGCCCAGCCGUCGUCGCCGUAGCAACAUGCUUCAGUGAGAUGAGGGUCAGGCUGUGUCUUUUGAGGGUAAUGAGUCAGACUUCUAGUUUGGGGCCACAAAGAAAGUUUGAAUGCACACUGUGGAUUUGGCACAUCAAUUGAAGAUCAUUCCCAGUCUCCCUCUCACCCACAAGCAGUAAUUUUGUAUGAUUCUGGAUCAAUUUGCCCGAGUGAGAGGGAAUCAUAGUCAAUACAGACAUCAUCUAAAAAGAAACCCCAAGCACGGAAGAACUCUGGACAAAGCCUGACUUAGGGCUUUCAGACAGGAAACUUUUGUUGGACUCUCUAUCUUACCCCCUACCUCCCCCCCCCCCCCACUCCCCUGAGGGCCAGAAGUCUUUAUACAAGGUAGGAAGAGAGAGAUUUGAGUAUUUUCCACAGUCAGGGAAGGACUUUAACUUGUUUGUUUUAAAUGGAAGUUUUUAUAAAACAUUUUUAAAACAAAGACAGCACGUCUGGUGCUGAGACAUUAUGCACCUGUGCUGUACUUGUACAAAGCUGUUACAUUUUUUAUAUCACUCUUGCUCUUGAUUGUGUCUGAUGGGGACUGCAUUGUUGGCCUUUGUGAAUGUUUUUUUGGCUUUUAGGGAAGAAUUCUUAUGAAUUAUCUGGACUUUGGUUUUGGUUUUGGUUUUUUGUAUAUUUAAAGAGGGAAAUUUGGGGCAGUUAUUUUUAAACACUUUUUUUUUCCGUAAUGCUUAUUCCAAAUAGAUAUUUGUAAAAUACAGGUUUCUUUCAUUAUGUGUUUGUAAAAUUAGAGUUUAAAUAUAUAUGCUUACAUGGCUAGUUUUGAACUAAUAUAAUAUGAUUUUCCUUUUUAAACAGCCUGCAAAUGUACUAGUGUUUAAAAAUAAACAAUUCCAUGUUGCUCCAGCCCACUGUCCUCUGGUGUGGUUAGUUACCUCCCUGACUCUGUUUCAGUUUAAAAAAACAAUCAGUCUUGAGAAGAGGUUCUAGGUUGAUGGCUUUAUGAACUGCCGCAGACCACCUGUAUCAGCAUGUGACUAGGGAUUUAAUGUUACUUUAUAAAAAGUAAACAAAUCUGCUUUCCCAAAGCACCAACUUAACCUGGUGUCUUUCUUAGCUUCUCCUUUGAAACAGGGGUACUAAAUUUGAAGGUGUGACCCUUAUUUACACUGGGUUUCCCUUUUUAUUAGAAGAAGCAUAGUGUAGUGGAUAGGGCAUGGACUUGGAUUCAGGAAUAUGUGGGUUCAAAUCCAAGUCCUGUUACCUAUGCUGUAGGCAAGUCGCCUUUCCUCUCUGGGCUUGUUUCCUUAUGUGUAAAAUGAAGAGGUUGAGCUAGAAUAAUUCAAAGCAAUCCCUGCAGCUCCAAGUCUGCGAUCCUGUGAACCUUCUCUGUUGUUGCUCAUAUGCUGCUCAACCACUGAAGGGUCACAUGGCCACACUGAGUAGGCCCUCCAUAUAUUUAUGUUACCGUAUCUUUCUCUCUAGUACUCUUCCUCAGAACAGUCAUUCUAAAACUUUUCUUCUCUCUUCAAGCUUCCUGUAUCGCAUCCUCCCCUCGUCCUCAGGAGAGGACUUUGUCUAUACUUUACUGACAAAAUAAAGGCCCUUUGGUAUAAAUUUCCUUUUCUCUCCUGUACUAUAUUUCCAAACCCCCCAACAUAAUCUUCCAUCUUGUCUUGCUUUGUUCCAGCCUCUGAUGAGUAAAAACUUUUGGUAAAGAGACCCUUUACCAGUGCCAAGCCAUCUAUUUGUGCCUUUGGUGCCAUCUCCCUGACCCUAGUCUCUUUUGAGAGCUUGCACCUUCAGCCAUCCCUUUUCUCAUCUUCAAUCUCCUUUUAGAUACCAUUUCCUUCUUUAUAGACUAUAGGCAUGUGGUAUAUCCUCUAUCUUUACAAACUUUCACUUAAUCCUAUUAUGCCCUCAACCUAUUUAAUAGGUGUCUACUAUCUGUUAUAGCCAAACUCCUAGAAGAAUCCAUCUAGAGUAUCGGAGCUAUAAGGGACAUUAAAGGCCAUCCAGCCUAACCCCCUCAUUUUUCAGAUGAGAUAGCUGAGGUGGAGAGAAGUGAAAUAAUUUGCCCAAGGUCAUAUAGGUAGUGGGUGGGACUUGAAUCAAGGUGCUCUGACUUAAGACCCCUUGCUACUUACAUUGUAUUAUGUCGUUUUCAUUUCUCUAUCUCCUAUUACUCAACCCCUUCCAAUCUUGCUUCUUCCCCCCUAAUCCUCUGAAGUUCUUCUCUCCAAGUUUACCAAUAAUCAUUUAAUUGCUAAAUAAACAACAAAUUGCUAUUGCCUUUUCUCAAUAUCCUCUUUAUCCUUUCUGUAGCUUUUUAAGCUGUUGAGCAUCUUAUAUACUUCUUUUGACUUCUAUGAUGAGCCUCUUCCCCAGUUUUUCUCCCACCUGUCUAACCACUCCUCAGUCAGUUUUGCUGGAUCUAGGUCACACCACCAUGUAGUGGCUAUCUUUGUAAGACUGUUCUGAACUCUUUUCUCUCUCUCUAUCUCUUUUUUUCUUUUUCUUUCAAGGCAAUGAAGGUUAAGUGACUUGCCCAAGGUCACAUAGCUAGUGUCAAGUGUCUGAAGCCAGAUUUGAACUCAGGUCCUCCUGAAUCCAGGGCUGGUGCUUUAUCCACUGCACCACCUAGCUGCCCCUCUAUAUUCUCUCUUGAUAAUCUCAUCAGCUACCCUAGGUUCAAUUAUUAUCUCUACAAAGAUGCCUCCCAAAUAUAUAUAUUCAUCCCUAAGCUACCUUCUCAGGUCCAUUUCUGCAUCACCAAUUGUUUACUACAUAUCUCUAAUCGCCUGAUUCUAGGCAUCUCAAAUUCAUUUUGUUCAAAACAACACAUUUUCUUCCACCACAAACCUAACCUUCCUCAACACUUUCCUAUUAUCUUUUGAGGGCAGUACUCAAGUUCAAAACUUCAGGUUUUUGACCCUUUACUCCAUGUUAACACACCACAUACAAUUAGUUAGCUUUUCUCUAUUCAGACUCUGCAUCAACCCUUAUAUUGGUCUCUUUCUCUUCACACAUACAGCCAGCAUGCCAGCCAAGCACCUAGGGGCAAUGCAUAUCACCUCUGUCCUCAACUAUUGCAAUACCUUCCCAAAUGAUCUCCCGACCAAGUUAUUUCCCUGCUAAAGAAGUUUCAGUGGUUGCCCUUUUCCUCUGGGAAAAAAUGCAGACUCCUCAGCUAGCUAGUCCUUGAAGGCCUAUACAAUCUGAUUCCAGCCUCUGGCUUAUUUCACGCCACCCCCUUUCACCAAAUUGGCCUACUAGCUGCUUCUUGAAACCAGUGUUUCAGGUCCCCUCCAUGUGUAGGAUACAUAUCCUCCUCCCCGUUGUCCCAGAAUCCUUCAUUUCCUUCAAGGCUCAGCUCAGGUGCCAUCUCUCAAGGAAAGUCUUUCCUAAUCCCCCUAGUUGCUAGUGCUCUCUCCCACUUCCAGUUAUCUUGUAUUUAUCUUAUAUCUCCUAGUAGGAUGUAAGCUCCUUGAGGGCAGGGACUGUUUCAUUUUUGUCUCUGUAUCCCUAGUGCCUUGAAUAGUGCUUUCUAUAUAAUAGGAACCUAAGAAAUCCAUGUUGGAUUGAAUUGAGUUGCAUGAUUUUAAGUGCCAGAGGCAAGUUAUUGACAAAGACAGGAUUAGAACCUAGGUUCCUUACCUAGCUUUGAUUUAGUGGAAGGAGUAUUAGAUUUAUUGUCAGGGGAUAAACAUUUGGCUUACUACCUAUGACCUUGGUGACCCCGAUUAAAUCUGUCAGCCUCUCUGGGCCUCAGUUUCUUCUCUUAUAACAUGAAAGCAUUUGAUUAGGUGACUUCUAAAGCCCCUUACCGCAUUAAACCUAGUGAACCAAAUCAGAAGUUCUUCCCUAUGUGAAGUUUCCCUUUGAACUGUGCAAAUGGCAGAACAAUAGGGUUUUUAUAUUCCUGAACAAAGAACACCACCUUUACCACUUUAUUUUUGUACCACAUCAAACUACCCCAUUCUGUCCUCUUUCUUUUGAUUUUGAUUCUUGCAGAUUUUGAAUAGAGCCAACCUGAAUCUCCCGGUUGUUUGCCAGGAAAGUAGGUCUGUGUAAGGCAUUAGAGGGCUUAAUCAAAAUAGGAUUAUCCAUUCUGAACAAGUUGGCCUGUCAACAAGAUUUCUGAUUGGCUGCCACAGGAAGAAAAUGAGCAGAGUCCAUUUUAAUCUUAAAUACAGCUGUUUUUCAUGGUCAUACCUAACAAAUGGUCUCCUAACUGAGUACAGCUGUAUACAGUGCUAGAAAAAACAGUUCUAGGAAUAAUGAGCUCCUUUGCUGUUGAGAAACCCAUCUCUUUACUUCACUGCAUUCUUUGUGAAGUGGUUAUUAGUUCUCAGACCAGACCGUUAAAGCUUUUCACUUGUUGUAUGACACCGUAAUUGUAAUUUUAAUUUCUUGGUGUUACACUGACUGCUUUUUUAUUUUUUAUUUUUUGGUACCGUGAAAUGGGUUGAAGUCCCCUUAGCCUUAAAAAAAAUUGCUUAGCUGUGACAAUUCUAAUGUAAUUCUAAUUGCCAUUUCUUUCUCAUGAAGUUGGAGGGUUUCAUAAAAUUUGCCUGGCAUAUAUCAAAACAGUUUAUUUAAGUAUGUUUGAAA